GUCUCCCUCGCUCUUGCUCUCGCUCCUCGGCCUCGCUGGCUCACGGAACUCACGAGUCACGACAGAAUAGAAACCUAUUUAGUUCACGAUUCACGAAUCGUUAUCGGCCUUGACAUUUGACACAAUCGGGCAAUCGGCUCUCGCUCUCGCGACCACCGCCUGCCGUCUGCGUUGCGUCUUCUGCCGUCUGCGACUCGCUCUCGCUCUCGCUCUCUGCCUUCUAUCGACUUGUGAGUUUCCAUGGAAUUACUCAUGGAGGAAGAAGAAUUAAGAGUUGAUGGAUUGAGUAUGGGUGAUUUUGACAGCAAUCAGAAAGAGAACUCUGAAUUGGCUUCUGAUUUUAAUGCAAUGGAUGAUAAGAACAAUGGGUUUACCCAAGAGAAUCAAGCAGAAGAUAGUGAUGCUGAAGAAGAGUAUGACGAUGAGGAAGAAGAAGACGCAGAAGAAACAUAUUCAUUGAGAUUUGAAGGAGAGACAGAUCCCUUGGCUCUCAAAGAGGAUGAUUCUUUUGGAGUUCAGGCUUACGAGUGUUUGGAACAACCGGGGCAUGAGUAUGAAGCUUUGGCUGCUAAAAAGCGUAAAGAAAGCCUCAAUUACAAUCAUCUAGGAAUGCCACCAAUAAAGAAGUUGAGACAAGAGGAUUAUCCUGGACCAAGCUUUGAAGAUUUAUUGGCAGAAAUAACACAUGGAAAGAGAAGAAAGUCAAAGAAGGUAUGGCAUUGUCUAGCCAUUUUCUUUCAGGCUUGUUUUCUAUUAAUGUUCUUUUCAUAAAGUGAGAGCUGAAGGUAAAGUUUUAUGGAGUUUCAUGUACUCAUAGAACAGACCCUAUUGAGUUUCACCAUUUCACAUGAG